UUGCUGAGGCUCGUCUGACGCAGAUCGUCUUCCUCUGCUCAAUUCACGAGGAGUCGCCGAGGAUUUUGCUGCAAGAUGUCUAAAGAUGUCCCACGCGAGCCGGAGCAGCUCCGCAAGCUGUUCAUUGGGGGUUUGAGCUUUGAGACCACAGAUGAAAGCCUGCGGGCUCACUUUGAGCAAUGGGGUAGCCUUACAGACUGUGUGGUCAUGAGGGAUCCCAACAGCAAAAGAUCCAGGGGCUUUGGCUUUGUGACAUACUCCUCAGUAGAUGAGGUUGAUGCUGCCAUGUCUGCCCGUCCCCAUAAGGUUGAUGGAAGAGUGGUGGAGCCUAAGCGUGCUGUCUCCAGAGAGGACUCAAACCGGCCAGGUGCCCAUGUAACAGUGAAAAAGAUCUUUGUUGGGGGCAUCAAGGAAGAUACAGAUGAGUCACACCUGCGGGAUUACUUUGAGCAGUUUGGCAAAAUAGAGGUCAUUGAUAUUAUGACUGAUCGUAAUACUGGCAAGAAGAGGGGCUUUGCUUUCGUAACCUUUGAUGACCACGAUUCAGUUGACAGGAUUGUCAUUCAGAAAUACCACACAAUCAACUCUCACAACUGUGAAGUGAGGAAGGCUCUCACAAGGCAGGAAAUGCAGACUGCAGGAAUGGGAAUGAGAGGCCGUAGCAGUGGUGGAAGGCCCUAUGACUACGACAGAGGCUUCAGUCAAGGUGGCAGGGGUAGAUAUGGAGAUGGUCCUUACAAUUGCAAUGGAGGAGAUGGUGGCGGCGGCGGCGGUGGUUGCGGUGGGGAUGAUUUUGCAGGUUAUGGAGGUGGCCCUGGUGGCCCUGGUGGCUAUAACAAUGGCGGUAACCGAGGUUAUAACCAGGGAUACAAUCAGGGUGGAGGUGGAGGUGGAGGCGGCGGCGGCUAUGGAGGAAACGGUUAUGAUAGCAACGGUUAUGGAAACUGUGGUGGUGGCGGAGGCAGCGGCGGUGGUGGUGGCGGCGGCAGUAACUACAACAAUAUGGGCCACUACGACCCCCAGGCCUCUAACUUUGGCCCAAUGAAGAACAACUUUGGAGGUGGCGGAGGUGGUGGCAGGAACUUUGGUGGCUAUGGAGGUGGCUCUAACAAUGGUGGAUAUGGCCGUCCAGGACGAUUUUGAAAUGUGAAGCGGACUGAGUACUUAGGAGAGGAGAGCAAGGAGAGGAGAGCAAGCGAAGUGACAGGGCAGCUGCAGGUUCACCUCCUAAAUCUGCUCAGCCAAACAGUUGUGGCAGGUUACAGCUGCUGCAAGAAGAGAUGUACAGUAGAUAAAUCAUGGAGGGUCUUCAUUUAAACGUUGUUUUUUUUUUUCAUUGACAUGUGUUUCUGGAAAGCAAGCAUUCCAAUGAGGUUUUAUGUAGAUUUUUCUUCAAGUCUGGUUUUUAUUUGUAUCUGCAUCCAAUCAAGCUGAAAUAAACAAUCUUUCAGUUUUUUUUAAAAAGUCUUGUUAGCCUCUUUUAGUGGUUUGGGAAAGGGAGGGUUCACCAUUAGGUGCUGUGAAGGAUGGGGUAAGGGCCAUAAUAUACAUGAAUGUGAAGCCAUGCACUAGUCACCACAUAAAUCCAUGAGUCAUAUCAAGACCAUUUACAAUAAAACUGGUUGAGGACUGAGAAGUGGUGUGCAAAUACAUUCAUCAUAAAGAGCCUAUUUCUUGGUACAAACGCUACUCUGAGUUCUGCAAAGAUCAUCUGGAAGAUGCUAGCUUACAUGCAAAGUCUUUGAGGCUAGCCAUGGAAGCCAGCUGAGGGAGAGAAGUAGCAAACCAACGCCAGGAUCAUUGAAGCAGGGGAGAGUGAGAACAGAAGCCUGAGGCUAGCAGGCAGCAGCUACCAAAAGGCUUAAAUGCUGUCUGUAGGUAAGACCAGACUUCUCAACUACUGAUAGUAUAUCUUGAUUUUGUCAUAUAGCUGGUAGUGAGUUGUGUAGCCCAGUAAUGACUUAAAACUUUUGUACAAAGUUUUAUUAUGACUUACACCCAUUUUGACUGGUAAACUGGACCUCCUUAUUCCAUAGUGGUCCUACAACAUAUUGCAUGAAGUGAAUAAAUUAACAUCUCUUCUUCAAAAA